CAAAUUCUGACAUUGCCUCUUCGAUGAACUGGCAUUUCCUCAAACAACUUCCACGCAAAAAAAAAAAAAAAAAAGGAACCCUUCAAAAAAUAAAAAUAAAAAAAAUCAGAGAUCCGACUGCAGAGGGAUCCCAACACUGAGACUGAAGACGAAGAAGAAGGAGAUGGGCUGGGGAUGGAAGCUUUACGAGGGGAGCGUGGUGGUGGGCUCCCUUUCGUUGUUGGGCUGGGCCGGGCUCUGGUUCUUGAACCGGCGAUUGUACAAGGAGUACGAGGAGAAGCGGGCCUCGGUUCAGAUCCUCUUCAGCGCCGUGUUUGCUUUCUCUUGCAACCUCUUCCAGCUUGUGCUCUUCGAGAUCCUUCCCGUUCUCUCCAAACAUGCAAGGUGGGUCAAUUGGAAGGUGGAUUUGUUCUGCUUGAUAAUGUUGCUGGUGUUCAUCUUGCCUUACUAUCAUUGCUACUUGUUGCUCCGUGAUAGUGGUGUGAGAAGAGAACGAGCUGCACUUGGAUCAAUCUUAUUUUUGCUAGCAUUUCUGUAUGCUUUUUGGCGACUCGGUGUCCACUUUCCUAUGCCUUCUCCAGACAAAGGGUUCUUUACUAUCACUCAAUUAGUUAGCAGAAUUGGUGUGAUCGGCGUGACUGUUAUGGCCGUGCUCUCUGGCUUUGGAGCUGUUAAUCUUCCUUACGGCUAUUUGUCUCUCUUCAUCAGGGAGAUUGAGGAGUCAGAUAUUAAAGCUUUGGAAAGGCAGUUGAUGCAAUCAAUAGAAACCUGUAUCACAAAGAAGAAGAAAAUCAUCCUGUCGCAAAUGGAAAUGGAGAGAAUUCAAGGAUCAGAGGAGAAGCUAAAGGGAAGAUCUUUUCUUAAGCGUAUUGUUGGUACAGUUGUUCGGUCUGUGCAAGAAGAUCAAAAGGAGCAGGAUAUUAAAAGCAUGGAAGCAGAGGUACAAGGUCUUGAAGAGCUCUCAAAACAGUUGUUUCUUGAGAUUUAUGAACUUCGCCAAGCCAAGGAAGCUGCUGCAUUUUCCAGAACAUGGAGGGGCCACUUGCAAAAUUUGCUAGGGUAUGCUUUGUCAGUCUAUUGUGUGUACAAAAUGAUAAAGUCUUUACAGAGUGUGGUGUUCAAGGAGGCUGGUUCAGUUGAUCCUGUAACAAUGACGAUCAAACUAUUUUUACAGUUCUUUGACAUAGGCAUUGAUGCUCAACUUCUAUCACAGUACAUAUCCCUGCUAUUCAUAGGAAUGUUGAUCGUUGUAUCUGUUAGAGGCUUCCUGACGAAUCUCAUGAAGUUCUUCUUUGCAGUCUCUAGAGUUGGUAGUGGGUCAUCUACCAACGUCGUACUGUUCCUAUCAGAGAUUAUGGGCAUGUACUUCGUGUCAUCUAUUCUUUUAAUAAGGAAAAGUCUAGCAACUGAAUACAGGAUCAUCAUUACAGAUGUUUUAGGUGGUGACAUUCAAUUUGAUUUCUACCACCGCUGGUUUGAUGCGAUAUUUGUGGCUAGCGCAUUCCUUUCGUUGCUAUUGCUUUCGGCACAACAUACUUCUCGACAAGCAGACAAACAUCCUAUUGAUUGAUGUGAAUAUGUACAAACCAUUCUUUCUUCUCAUUAUUUUUUUCGCAUGUAUGUUUCUACUUCUCCUUCUAUAUUCUGUUGGACAUGGGCAAAGGUGAGUGUAUCUUACCACCAAAGUUUGCUUGAUUCCUGAGGAUAUCAGUAAACAUCUUUCGCAUUGUCAAGGAGAAAAGGAAAGUGUAACAAGAAAGAAGAGAGCUCAUGUAUUUUGACGAGCGACGAGAAGAUAUAUUACUAAUCCUAGAUCUUAUAGUUCUUCCGCGGUUGGUGGGUGGUUAUUGCUGAGUGAUACGUUAGAGAUGUUUUGUAUUGAUUAUAUAGAUAUGAGAUUCCAUGUAAUGUUAAUUGUUGAUAUGGCUCUUCCUUUGAAUUACUUGCAGGAUAUUAUGCAUAUCGAAUUAUAUGGGAAGAUUGGUAUGUUA